GCAGCUGCAGCUCCGAUCCGAUCAAAGAAAAAACAAAAGAACGCACCUUCUGCAUCUUUGUUUACUGUUUAGUGCGUUUAGUGCCGAUUUUAUUUUUAUUUGAGAAAUUUGGGACUAAAUUUGUUGUCUGGUGAUUUUAAGUAAAUCAGAUCAUCUCAGUGUAGAAAUAAAUAUGACCACCGCAGAUGAAGUCGAUCCAGUUCUAACGGUCAAGCAAACCCUCAUGUUAGCUCUCGGUGAGAAAUGGCCUUUCUAUUUGGCCAACAUGAAGCUGUGGUUCCGUAAAAAAUCAUCCAAGGAAGAGUUCGAUCUCGAGUGUCGAAAGCUGUUCAGCUCGGAUCAGAUGCAUCUUCACAAUAAGUUUCUUUUGGCAAUCCUGAACAAAAUCGAUGCUGUUUCUCCGCCUCAAAGCGUCAGUAGCUAUGGAUCUGCAUCCGCCCAUGCAGGUAAAAGUGGUAGCUCUAAGAAACGCAAGCGGUCUUCGAAAUCCUCAUCCGAUCGGGCCACAUUCGAACCGGCUACCGUGCAUGAUUUUAUUCCAAAAGAAUUGGUUGAUUACGAGCAGGUGGCUAGUCAGAGCGCAACGGUUCCCUCAAUCCGGUAUGCAGCCCAAGAGCUGUUCCUCCCGGACAACGGGCUGGUCCUGGGUCGGCUGUUAGUCGGCGCAUGGGAAAAUGGUUUAAUCAAUGUCGACGAGAAUGCAGUUGAACUGAUAGUGCAUGCCGUUCAAGUGCUGUUGAAGAACAUCCUGAUGGCAGUCAUCACCAAGCGGAAGCAUUUCCGUACAACCGCUAAUGGUACAUUUGCGUUCGACAUUGGUCACCAGCUAGCCCACCCGUUCAAUCGGAAUACGGUAACCAAGGCAAAGAUCGACGACGAGCCGAUGGAAUUGGACAAAGAGAUCACCACUGUUUGCUACUUGAAGCCACCGCAUGGGGAGUCGACAUUUUUGGCUUCUUGUGGGGAACCCUACCCCAACAAGAUUAAGAAGAUCUCGGUUUACGAUGUGUACAGAACGCUGUUGAACAGAAAUGUUAUCCCUUCGCAUUCCGUAUAUUCGAUGAACAUGGAGCGGAUAUCGAAUUUGCUCUCCUAAUUUUAGUGGUAAGUAUUGGAACAUUUUCUUUAAUUUUUAAAUUUAGUAAGUUUAUAAUAUAGCGGGUAUCACAUGAA